CUGGGUAUAUUAUUUAUGUUGUUUUUUCAGCUUUCACAUAACAGAAGUUCUCUUGUAUGGUCAACUACAAAGGAACAAGCAAAAUCUUUGCUGAGACUCUCAGAAGAGGAUUUCACCGAUGCCCUGAACAGAGCUAUAUGGGAUGAAAGUGCAAGUGACCCAGUUGUCCAGAAAAUUCAUGAAAGGUGGAUGAACCUCUUAAACACAGUAGCACCAGGACAAGGGUGGGAUUAUCGACAGCUUCCACCUGGUAUUGGUGGCAUUGUUUCUAAUUCCAGAGGAGCUUUCCCUUUGGGUUUAGGACAUGCAGUCCACUAUGUUAGACCCAGAGUUGUAUUAAUUGGUGAUGCUGCUCAUAGAGUUCACCCUUUGGCUGGACAAGGUGUAAACCUAGGGUUUGGUGAUGUAUCUUGUCUUUUGACUACACUUGAAAACUCAGUCAUAAAUGGUAGCGAUAUAGGUGACGAACGAGAACGUACAGGUAUGAAAAGCCAACGCCAGAAGCACAAUAUAGCCACCAUGGCAUCCAUAGAUGGCUUAUAUCGUCUU